AUGAAUAGCUCUGAUCCAUUAACGUGGAAUGUAGACGAUGUUUCACUUUGGCUACAUAAUUUUAUUUCGAAUGAUGAUAUAGUUAAUGAUUUUAAACCUGCUGACAACUUAGCAGCUCAUGAAGUAGCAGGUUUUCAAGAAACAUUUAGUUCAGGUCAUUUUUGUCGUCGAUGUUUGAUCUCAUAUGAAAAUCGUUUAGCAUCAUUAGCUGAUAUUGAUUUUAUUCCUAGAGUUAAUGUGAAACACCAAUAUUAUUUACAGCUAAAAAGCAAACAUCUGCGUAGGAAAUCUAUAUUUGGUGAAGCUGGACCGAGUCCAUUCGACGAGGUAAUCAAUUUUGAUCCGACAAAAUUUUUUCCUGGUGAUCUAAAGCAUGACUUCUUCGAAGAUAAUUAUUAA